UAAACACAACGGGUAAACACUAGUGAAAAUGCACGUGUUGAGGCGAAGUCGUACAGUACUUUGCAGUGGAGCGAAAAGCGACAGUGUGGUUCCAGUAUUUUGUUAGUUAACGGGCUGUGGCGAAUAGUAUAAAAUAUUUCUGCUUCAUAUGUCUCUCAUUUCCAUCCUUGAUUUGUCUUUGUGACAAGUCAUUUAAGUGUGGAAUUUUGAAAAACAAAAAAUGUUUGUACUUGCCGAAAUGAAGCAUGUCAUUCGAAUUCCACCACAUGAUUUUAAGAAGAGGCUUAAUGAUGCUAUUUCAGAAGAGCUGAACAAGAAGUUGGCGAACAAAGUUGUUUUAAAUGUCGGUUUGUGCAUUGCACUGUUUGACAUAACACGUUUAGAAGAUUCUUACAUAUUCCCUGGUGAUGGCGCAGCACACACCAAAGUAAACUUCCGUUAUGUUGUAUUCAGGCCAUUCAUGGAAGAAAUACUCAUAGGUAAAAUUAAAAGCUGUAGCCCAGAAGGCGUUCAAGUUACACUUGGGUUUUUUGAUGAUAUAAUUAUUCCACCAGCAUCGUUACAGCAUCCGUCAAGGUUUGACGAAACAGAACAAGCCUGGGUUUGGAUAUAUGACACUGAUGGUGACACACAUGAUUUGUUUAUGGAUCCAGGAGAGACAAUAAGAUUUCGUGUUACUGCUGAGAGCUUCGUGGAAACAUCACCUGUUGGUCCUGAGAAUCCAGAUGUAAAAGAUGCAGUUGAUGCUACAGAAGAGCCGAAAGUUCCAUACAAACUGACGGGUAGCAUCAAUGAACCAGGUCUUGGUCUUUUGUCUUGGUGGGCAAAUUCGUAAUGUGCAGACACUUUGGAAGAAGAUUGAUGUAUUUAACAGCCAGGAACUUGUACAACAGGAUGUCAACACAGGUAGUUAAUGCAGUGAUUGUAUUUUUGGAUUCAUUUGUGUUCAUGGUCUGUUGUAAGCAAUAAAUUUAUUAUUCAAGUA